AUGUCUGAGCAAUUGGCGGCCGGGCAUUCGACGCCGUCGUCGUCUUCCAAGUACGACUUGCAGCGUACAUUUGUUAUAUGCGGCAACGGCGCUAGGCUCCCCGUCGACGAAUACUUUGCAUCAAGGAUGGAGAAGAUCAGGAAGCUGCAGCUGAUUCUCAUUAAUAGGUAUGACCCUCACGACAUGGAUGACGCCGCUAUUGACUUCGAGGUCGAGUAUGAUCCGGGCCCGAAGGAUAGCGAAGGGGAGCCAGCGUCGGAUCGGGAUCCUCAGGACACAAAGGAACUGGUUGAGUGGGUAAGACAUUUGUAUCGCAAGUUUGGCUGGCCAGGAAGUGGUUAUAAGAAGGAGGAAUGUAUGCAGGCUAUUGACGACUUUACUUCGCGGUUUCCCAUGUGGCGAAAGUGCAUGCUGGAGGCCGAUGGUUGUAUUAACUGUCGCAAGUACGAGUAG